GUCUGAUUUGCAGAGCUGCUGCAUGACACAUUCAAGGACGCUAAAGCAAAGAAACAGCUGAUGAGCCUUCAUGUGUGUAUAAUGAAUCUCCUCAGUCUACAGGAAAACCACGUGCCAUGCAGCAAGAAACGGAUGGUCGGAGAAGGGUUCUGAAGCAAUGGCUUCCUCCGAGGAGGACAAGUGGAGCAAUGAGUGAUGACCGGCAAGCCAUUAUUGGUAAAGUUUUGGCAAGCACCCAUUCCUCAGUGCCAGUGGACGCCCCUGCAUUUUGUCCUUUUUGAGCAGCUGCAACCGCAAAGAAUGCACAGAGUAUCCUCUGCAUAGCCUGAUGUUCAAAAUAAACCAACAUCCACCCAAACAACAAUCUACUUUGAACGGAAAGUCCAUUUUAUGCUAUUAUUUCCGUCCAAAAACACGUGAAUGGAAGCAGGAUCUUACGAGGAGCACUUGAAUGCAGCAUCUCCGUACUCGCGGGUAGAAGGAAGAGACGCACCAGCCGCUACACCGGGAGGAAAGACCUAAGUAUACCAAGCAGAGGGGAUGAUACAUGUCUCCUCUGGUUUCUGACAACAAGAGGGAUUGUCAUAUUAUCUUUUCCUCGUUGGACUUCAGCGAAAACUAAAGGAGGACUGUCUCAACAUAACAGCAAGCUCUGGCUUGUUUGGAGGGGUAAAUAUGCUACCUUUUCUUCGCCGUUGUUUGUGAGAGGAAAGGAUCGAGAAGAAAAGGAGGAAAAAAAGAGGAAGGUUUGACAGACGCACGAGUCAAGACGCGGAGGAGAGGCUCUAUCCGGCCAGAAAAGAAAUACAUCAGAUAUCCCUGUCCAUUUUUGAGACACCAAGGGGAACAGAAACACAUUUUUUUUAAGAGACGCGAGAAACGAAAGGAUACACACACUGUAAAACGACACGGGAGGAGAGGCUUAUAAGGAGGAGGAAAAGCCGAAGAGCCUGUAUAGAAAGAGGGAUAUUUCAGAAUGAAGAGGGGAUACAGCCCGGAUGAAGUGUGGAUUUGAAGCUCUCCCUCCCUCUCUAUCACUCUUUUGCAAGGGAACGGGACGGAAUAGAGAUAUUGAUGACAAGCAUCGCUCAAACCCAGCGGAGAGUGGAUUUAAAGACAGAGAGACAACCUGUGUGCCUGUCCCUUCUCCCCCCUCGAUCUCUCUGCUUUUCUCUCCUGUGGAUGUUGACUGAAGUCGUUUUUCGGAUAUGAAGGAUUUAUCUAGUCUAUGUUAGAAGGAGGAGGCAAAGAAAACGCACGCGUCUCCUCUCUCUCCUCUCUCUCUCUCUCUCUCUCUCUCUCUCUCUCUCUCUCUCUCUCUCUCUCUCUCUCUCUCUCUCUCUCUCUCUCUCUCUCUCCCUCUCUCCGUUUUCUGGAUGUGAAGCAGCAUGCGGCCCGGUGAGAGCUUAGAGGGCUCGCGCUCGGCUCGCGGAAGAUGUAUUGAUGCUAAUAAUAUUACUAAUAGCGGCACGGAACGCUGUCUCGCGCACCCCUCGUCGGCAAAGAGGAGGAUGAAGAGGGGGACGACGAAGAGGAGGAUGCGAGGAAUGGACGAGAGGAUGACGGACGGAGGAAUGACGGUGAUGCGCUGUUUUCUGUGGAGUCUCGUUCUCUGCUCGCUCUCCUCGCGCGCACAAGGUUUCAUCUACACAUGUGGCGGCACACUGAAAGGCCGAAAUGGCAGUAUAGAAUCACCAGGCUUUCCCUAUGGCUACCCCAAUGGAGCAAACUGCACCUGGGUCAUUGUCGGGGAGGAAGGAAGUAGAAUCCAGCUCAUGUUCUUGUCAUUUGCCAUAGAAGAAGAAUAUGACUUUCUGUCCUUGUAUGAUGGGCACCCGCACCCUGCCAACUUCAGGACCAGGCUAACAGGGUUCCAGGUUCCUUCCCCUGUCACCAGUACAGGAAAUGUCUUCUCUUUGAGGUUGACCAGUGACUUUGCUGUCUCUGCACAUGGCUUCAAACUCAACUAUGAAGAACUCCACAGUACAUCUUGUGGAAACCCUGGUAUCCCACCCAAAGCAGUGCUAAGUGGUGGCGGGCGUUUUGCUGUGGGAGACCGUGUACGGUACAGCUGUGUUCCUGGUUACGUCUUAGACGGCCAUGCCACACUCACCUGCAUUACCAAUGCUGGAAACACUGCCGUCUGGGACUUUCCUGCUCCUAUCUGUCGAGCUGAGGACACAUGUGGGGGCACUGUGAGGGGCGGCAGUGGGGUGGUGACCAGUCCCGGUUACCCCGGCAACUAUGGUAACCAGGCCGACUGUACUUGGAUCCUAUUGGCCGAACCUGGAGACACCAUCUCUGUCAUCUUUACAGACUUCCAGACAGAGGAGAAGUAUGACUACCUGGAAGUUGAGGGAUCUGAGCCACCAACUAUUUGGUUGUCAGGCAGUAAUGUCCCCUCUCCCAUCGUUAGCAACAAGAACUGGCUCAGACUGCAUUUUGUGACUGAUGGCAACCACCGUUACCGUGGUUUCAGCGCACAUUAUCAAGUGAAGCGAUCAGUAGAUUUUAAAUCGCGGGGAGUUAAAUUAUUCCCUGGCAAAGACUCCAGCAACAAGUUUUCAAUAUUAAAUGAAGGUGGUGUGAGACAGGCGUCUAACUCUUGCCCUGAUCCGGGAGAGCCAGAGAAUGGAAAACGCCAUGGCAUCGAUUUCAGCAUUGGCGGUGUGGUGCAGUUCAGCUGCGGAGAAGACUAUGUUCUUCAGGGCAGUAAAACCAUCAGCUGCCAGAGAGUAGCUGAAGUGUUCGCUGCCUGGAGUGACCACAGACCAGUCUGUAAAGUGAAGACAUGUGGCAGUAAUCUUCAAGGACCGUCAGGAACCUUUACAUCUCCUAACUUCCCAAUUCAAUAUGAGAGCAACGCACAGUGUGUGUGGAUAAUUACUGCUUCAAAUCCCAAUAAGGUAAUCCAGAUCAACUUUGAAGAGUUUGACCUGGAGAUAGCCUAUGAUACUCUGACUAUAGGAGAUGGAGGGGAGGUGGGAGAUCCUACAACUAUACUACAGGUCCUAUCAGGUAGCUUUGUUCCUGACCUGAUAGUCAGUAUGACCCACCAGAUGUGGCUUCACCUACAGUCAGAUGAGAGUGUCGGAUCUAUAGGAUUUAAGAUCAACUACAAAGAAAUAGACAAAGAGAGCUGUGGUGACCCUGGAACUCCUCUCUAUGGAAUAAGAGAAGGGGACAGCUUCUCAAAUGGAGGAAUCCUGAGGUUUGAGUGCCAGUUUGGCUUCGAGCUGAUUGGAGAGAAAACAAUCUCCUGUCAAGACAACAAUCAGUGGUCAGCAAAUAUCCCCAUAUGCAUAUUCCCCUGCAUGUCCAACUUCACAGCUCCCUCAGGAACCGUCCUCUCCCCAGAUUACCCAGAAGGCUAUGGGAACAACAUGAACUGUGUCUGGCUCAUCCAGUCAGAUCCAGGCUCCAGAAUCCACUUGGCAUUUAAUGACUUUGACCUCGAGGCACCCUACGAUUCCCUAACUGUGAAAGAUGGCGAGACAAAUGAUGCCGUCGUCAUUGGGAGGUUCUCUGGAGCUGAGAGUCCUUCCCAUCUGACAUCCAAUACCAACACAGUGAGGCUGGAGUUUCAGGCUGAUCACUCCAUGUCAGGAAGAGGAUUUAAUAUCACAUACAGUACAUUUGGCCAUAAUGAAUGCCCAGACCCUGGCAUUCCCAUCAACGCUCGUCGCUUUGGAGACAGCUUCCAGCUUGGCAGCUCCAUCUCUGUGGUCUGCGAGGACGGUUUUAUCAAAACCCAAGGAACCGAGACAAUCUCCUGUCAGUUAGAAAAAGGAAAAGUCAUGUGGAGUGGGCCCAUCCCUAAAUGUGAAGCCCCAUGUGGAGGCCACUAUUCAGCCCCAAGUGGAGUGAUUCUGUCUCCUGGGUGGCCUGGUUACUAUAAAGAUUCCCUCAGCUGUGAGUGGGUGAUUGAAUCAGAACCUGGACGCUCCAUCAAAAUCACAUUUGACAGGUUCCAGACAGAGCUGGGUUAUGACUUUCUGGAGAUCCAUGAUGGGCCAAACCUCCUGUCUCCUCUGGUUGGCUCCUUUAAUGGCACCCAGGUGCCCCAGUUCCUGUUCAGCAGCAGCAACUUUCUUUAUCUACUGUUUACCACUGAUAACAGCCGAUCAAAUGCUGGCUUCAAAAUAUUAUAUGAGAGUGUUACAGUGGACAGCUACUCAUGCCUGGACCCUGGUAUCCCUGUCAAUGGUAUUCGGUAUGGGCAGGAUUUCUCCAUUGGGUCUACAGUAUCAUUUGGUUGUGAUUCUGGCUACAGACUCAGCCACGAGGAGCCGUUAGUAUGUGAGAAGAACCACUGGUGGAGCCACCCCUUACCUACAUGUGAUGCUCUAUGUGGCGGGGAUGUUAGAGGUCCCUGGGGAACCAUCCUUAGUCCUGGCUAUCCAGACAGCUACCCUUCAUCUCUCAACUGUACCUGGACUGUUGAAGUCAGCCACGGGAAAGGAGUCCAGUUUCAGUUCAAUUCUUUUCAUCUAGAGGACCAACAUGACUACCUCUUGGUUACUGAGAACGGGAGUUUCCUGCAACCACUGGCUCGCCUGACCGGCAAUGAGUUGCCUAGCAACAUCAAUGCUGGUCUCUAUGGCAACUUCAAAGCUCAGCUACGAUUCAUCUCUGACUUUUCCAUUUCAUAUGAGGGCUUCAACAUAACUUUCUCUGAAUAUACAUUGGAGCCAUGUGAGGACCCUGGGAUGCCUCGGUUCGGCAGGAGAAACGGCUACAGUUUUGGCAUUGGAGACACUUUGUCUUUUUCCUGCAAUAUGGGAUACCGCCUAGAGGGGGCGCCAGAGUUAAUCUGUCUGGGAGGAGGGCGGAGAAUGUGGAGCUCUCCUCUACCACGAUGUGUCGCGGAGUGCGGCUCUUCAGUUAUAAACAAUGAAGGGAUCCUUCUCUCUCCAAACUAUCCGAUGAACUAUGACAACAACCAUGAGUGCAUCUACAGCAUCCAGGUGCAGGCCGGGAAAGGCAUCAACAUCUCUGCUAGAACCUUUCAUCUUGCCCAAGGCGAUAUACUCAAGAUUUAUGAUGGUAAAGACAACACAGCCCAUGUCCUUGGAGCGUUCACAGGAUCAUCUAUGUUGGGCCUGACACUGAUCUCCACUUCAAACCAUCUCUGGCUUGAAUUUUACAGCGAUGCAGAAAGUACAGGGGAAGGAUUCAAACUGGUCUACUCGAGUUUUGAGUUGUCUCAUUGUGAGGACCCAGGCGUGCCUCAGUUCGGCUUCAAGGUCAACGACCAGGGCCAUUUCUCUGGGAGCAGCAUCACAUACAGAUGUGAGCCUGGAUACACUCUGCAUGGGGCUUCCACCCUGAAGUGUAUGACAGGCGAAAGGAGAGCCUGGGAUAACCCUCUGCCUUCUUGCAUCGCGGAGUGUGGUGGUCGUUUUAAAGGUGAGUCUUCAGGGAGGAUUCUUUCCCCUGGAUACCCUUUUCCUUAUGACAAUAAUCUACGCUGCACCUGGACCAUCGAGGUGGACUCAGGAAACAUUGUGAGUCUACAGUUCUUGUCCUUUGACACGGAAGCCAGCCAUGACAUGCUGAAGGUUUGGGAUGGACCACCUGAGAAUGAAAUGUCUUUGUCAGAGCUCAGUGGGUCUCUGCUACCUGAGGGAAUCCACUCCACACUGAACAUUGUCACUGUUCAGUUUGAGACUGAUUUUUACAUCAGCAAGUCGGGAUUCGCUAUUCAGUUCUCUAGCUCAGUAGCUACAGCCUGCAGGGACCCAGGUGUACCAAUGAAUGGAAGCCGUAGUGGAGAUGGCCGUGAGCCGGGGGAUUCAGUGUCCUUUCAGUGUGACCCAGGAUACGAGCUCCAGGGGGAUGACAAAAUCACCUGUAUACAAGUGGAUAACAGAUACUACUGGCAGCCCAGCCCGCCUGUCUGCAUAGCUCCUUGUGGAGGAAACCUAACUGGCUCCAGUGGAUUUAUACUGUCUCCUAACUACCCACAUCCCUACCCUCACUCCAAGGAUUGUGAUUGGCUCAUUGCUGUCAACUCUGACUACGUCCUGUCGCUGGCCUUCAUCAGUUUCAAUAUUGAGCCAAACUACGACUUCCUGUAUAUCUACGAUGGUCCAGAUAGCAACAGUCCUCUGAUUGGUAGCUUCCAGGAUAGCAAACUCCCAGAACGGAUAGAGAGCAGUUCGAAUACCAUGCAUUUAGCAUUCCGCAGUGAUGGAUCUGUUUCUUACACUGGCUUUCACCUGGAAUACAAAGCCAAGCUGAGGGAAUCAUGUUUCGACCCAGGUGUGGUUCUGAACGGGACCAGGCUGGGAUCCGAUUAUAAGCUUGGCUCUACUGUCACCUUCUAUUGUGAGGCUGGAUACGUUUUGCAGGGCUAUUCUACCCUAACCUGCAGUAUGGGAGAUGAUGGCAGACCUGGAUGGAACAGGGCAUUGCCUAGUUGUCAAGCUCCCUGCGGAAGUCGUUCCACAGGAUCAGAAGGGACUGUUUUAUCUCCAAACUUCCCCAGAAACUAUACCUCUGGACAGACAUGUGUCUACUCUAUAUCUGUACCUAGAGAGUUUGUGCUCUUUGGUCAGUUUGUGUUGUUCCAGACAUCUCUAAACGAUGUGGUGGAAAUCUAUGAUGGACCCACUCAACAAAACACACUACUGUCUUCUCUCUCUGGGUCCCACUCUGGUGAGUCUCUCCCUCUGAGUUCGGGAAACCAGAUCACGAUAAAGUUUACCACAGUUGGACCAGAAACUGCUAAGGGAUUUCACUUCGUCUACCAAGCUGUACCGAGGACCAGCUCCACCCAGUGCAGUUCAGUCCCUGAGCCUCGCUUUGGGAAGCGUCUCGGUAAUGACUUUGCAGUUGGCUCCUUGGUGCAGUUUGAGUGCAACCCUGGUUAUGUCCUGCAUGGCUCUACUGCCAUACGGUGCGAGAGUGUUCCAGACAACCUGGCACAAUGGAAUGACACCCUGCCAACUUGCAUAGUUCCCUGUGGGGGUGUGUUGACCUUUCGUCGAGGGACCAUCCUAUCGCCUGGAUAUCCAGAGCCCUACGACAACAACCAGAACUGUGUGUGGAAGGUCUCUGUUCCAGAAGGGGCUGGAAUACAGAUACAAGUUGUGAGUUUUGCCACUGAGCAUAACUGGGACUCUUUGGAUUUUUACGAUGGUGCUGACAACCACGCACCAAGACUGGGCAGCUACUCUGGCACCACCAUCCCCCCUCUCCUGAAUAGUACAUCUAACAACCUCUAUCUCAGCUUCAGCUCUGAUAUUAGUGUCUCAGCUGCUGGUUUUCACCUGGAAUAUACAGCUAUUGGUCUGGAGUCAUGUCCAGAGCCUCAGACUCCAAGCUACGGAAUAAGACAAGGAGACAGAUUUAUGGUGGGAGACGUCGUACAGUUUUCAUGUGAACAAGGAUACUCUCUUCAGGGCAAUGCUCAUAUCACCUGCAUGCCUGGACCUGUUAGAAGAUGGAACUACCCUGUACCACUAUGUCUUGCCCAGUGUGGUGGGUCUAUGACAGAUGUAAGUGGAGUGAUUCUAAGUCCUGGUUACCCUGGCAAUUACCCCAGUGGAUUAGACUGCACAUGGACAGUCAACUUACCUGUUGGCUUUGGUAUCCAUCUCCAGUUUCUAAACUUCUCCACUGAGGCGAUCCAUGAUUACUUAGAGAUCCGCAGUGGAACACUGGAGACAGGCUCGGUCAUUGAUCGGUUCAGCGGUCCAGUCAUCCCCAAGCCUCUGUUCAGCACCACCCACCAGACCAGCUUCUUCUUCCACAGCGACUAUUCACAAAACAAACCAGGGUUCCACAUCACAUAUCAAGCCUACCAGCUCCAGAGUUGCCCAGACCCUCGGCCAUUUCGAAAUGGCAUCGUGAUUGGCACAGAUUUCAGUGUUGGGAUGACGGUGUCGUUUGAAUGUCUGCCUGGAUAUUCUCUAAUUGGAGAGGCUUCACUCACAUGUUUACAUGGAAUCAGCAGGAACUGGAAUCACCCACUACCACGAUGUGAAGCUCUCUGUGGCGGCAACAUCACAUCGUUAAAUGGAACCAUUUACUCUCCUGGUCACCCUGAGGAAUACCCAAACUUCCAGGACUGUGUGUGGAGUGUCAGAGUUCCUCCUGGACACGGGAUUUACAUCAAUUUUACUGUAUUGAGCACUGAGCCCAUAUAUGACUACAUAACCGUCUGGGAUGGUCCAGACCAAUCAUCUCCCCAGAUUGGCCAGUUCAGUGGGAACACAGCUUUGGAGUCUGUCUACUCAACCUCCAACAUCAUCCUCAUCAAAUUCCACUCUGACUUCUCUGGAGCCGGCUUCUUUGUCUUAAGCUACCAUGCCUACCAAUUAAGGGUUUGCCAGCCUCCUCCAGAAGUGCCCAAUGCUGUCAUGCUGAUGGAGGACGGCGAGUUGGAGAUAGGUGACAUUAUCAGGUACAGAUGCUAUCCAGGAUUCUCAUUGGUUGGCAGUGAGAUUCUAACAUGUCGCCUAGGAGAAAGACUACAGAUGGAUGCACCACCUCCAACAUGCCAAGUCCAAUGCCCUGCACAUGAUGUGCGAUAUGACUCGUCAGGUGUCAUCCUGAGCCCUGGUUGGCCAGAAAGCUACCCUAACCUGCAAAUGUGUUCAUGGAGCGUUACAGUAGAGAAAGGAUACAACGUCACCAUUACCUUUGAAGGUUUCCACACUGAGAGAGAGUUUGACGUGUUGGAGAUUUUUGAUGGUCCAACAGCCAACAGUCCCACUCUGGCGACGCUGAGCGGUGACCUGCCAACACCCUUUAACCUCACAACUUCUGGUCACCAGUUUCUGGUCCGCUGGUCUUCAGACCACGGCACAAACAAGAAAGGCUUCAAAAUUCGCUAUGUUGCCCUGUACUGCUCAACCCCAGACUCUCCACUCCACGGCUCUAUCUCCUCUCAGAGCGGCGGCCAUGUUAACAGCGUGGUGCGCUGGGCCUGCGACCGUGGUUACCGUCUCAUAGGCAACGCCACAGCAACCUGCCGUCGCUCAUCACUCGGCUACCACGCAUGGGACUCUCCUGUACCUGCGUGUCAAGCUGUCUCAUGCGGGGCACCCAAGGCUCCUAUAAACGGCGGCGUUUUAACAGCUGACUACUCCGUCGGAACAAGAGUUUCCUAUUUUUGUAACGAUGGGUACAGAUUGUCCAGUAAAGAGCUGACAUCAGCCAUCUGUCAGCCUGAUGGAACAUGGAGCAACCACAAUAAGAUACCACGAUGUUCUGUGGUGGUAUGUCCCAGCAUCGGAUCAUUUUCUUUAGAGCACGGCCGCUGGAGGAUUGUCAACGGCUCACACUACGAAUACAGAACUCGCAUUGUGUUCACCUGUGAUCCGGGGUACUACAGAUUAGGCCCCGCCCACAUCCAGUGCUUACCCAAUGGUGUGUGGAGCUGGAGAAAUGAUAGACCGCACUGCCAGGUUAUAUCCUGCGGUGAGCUGCCAUCUCCACCCAAUGGGAAGAAGAUUGGUACUCAGACAUCAUUUGGUGCUACAGCCAUCUUUACCUGCGAUGCCGGCUUCAUGCUGGUGGGGUCAGCUGUCAGAGAGUGUCUGUCAUCUGGGCUUUGGAGUGGAACGGAAACACGAUGUUUAGCUGGUCACUGUGGAAUCCCAGAAGGCAUUGUGAAUGGCCAGGUGAUAGGGGAGAACUUUGGUUACCGUGAUACGGUCGUGUAUCAGUGUCUGCCUGGCUUUCGACUAAUAGGCUCAUCGGUUCGAAUCUGUCUCCAAGACAACCAGUGGUCUGGACAGCUGCCCGUCUGUAUAUCAAUCAGCUGUGGCCAUCCAGGAAGUCCCAUAUAUGGUCGUACAGUGGGAAAUGGCUUCAACCUCAACGAUGUGGUCGGCUUUGUUUGUAAUCGGGGUUAUGAAAUGGAGGGGCCCGCACGCGCUCAGUGUCAGGCCAACCGCCAGUGGAGCCACCCGCCCCCAACGUGUAAAGUGGUCAAUUGCUCUGAUCCAGGCAUCCCAGCCAACUCCAUCCGACAGAGUAAAAUAGAGCAUGGGAACUUUACCUUUGGCACUGUGGUUUUCUACGACUGUAACCCAGGGUAUUACCUGUUUGGAUCACCUGUACUGACCUGCCAACCUACUGGACAAUGGGACAAACCCCUACCUGAAUGUAUAGUUGUAGACUGUGGUCAUCCUGGCUCUCCCCCUAACGGUGUGCUGAGUGGAGAUAAGUUUACAUUUGGUUCAACGGCUCGAUACUCCUGUCUGGGCGGAAGACAGCUGAAAGGAGAAUCAUCCAGGACUUGUCAGCUCAAUGGGAUGUGGAGUGCCCCCAUGCCCUUCUGCUCAGGCGACACAGCUGGUUCCUGUGGCGAUCCUGGCAUUCCCUCACAUGGUUCGAGGGAACAAACGGAUUUCAGGAUCCGUUCCAAGGUUCACUUCAGCUGCUCGGAGGGCUAUGAUCUAAUUGGUUCUUCAGAGAGGAUGUGCUUCCCCAAUGGGACCUGGUCUGGCACGCAGCCCUUCUGUAAACCUGUCCAGUGUGGUAACCCUGGCACUCCCAGUAAUGGCAGAGUAUUUCGUUUGGAUGGAACAACAUAUUCUCACUCUGUCAUCUACUCCUGCAUGGAUGGCUACCUGCUCACCGGCGCCACCACCAGACAGUGUCAGGCCAACGGGACCUGGUCGGGAGCACAGCCCAACUGUACCAUGAUAAACUGUGGGGAUCCAGGUGUGCCAGCUAACGGCCUUCGCUAUGGAGAAGACUUUACGAUUGGUCAGAAUGUUUCCUUCCAGUGCCAACCAGGAUACAGAAUGGAGGAGGAUGGAUCACCUGUGAGGACAUGCACCCAAAAUGGGACGUGGAGUGGGAAUAUGCCUAUAUGUACAGCGGUGACCUGCCCGGCUCCACCUGCCAUCAGUAAUGGGGUACUGCAGGGCAGUGACUUUGAAUGGGGCAGCAGUGUGAGCUACAGCUGCUCACCUGGAUAUGAGCUCUCAUUCCCAGCUGUCCUGACCUGUGUGGCCAAUGGCACCUGGAGCGGUAUGCUACCACAGUGCUUACCCAAGUUUUGUGGUGACCCAGGUACUCCAGUUGGUGGUUUCAGAGAGGGACGAAGUUUCAUCUACCAAUCAGAAGUGUCCUUCAGUUGUGCUGCACCUCUCAUUCUGGUCGGCACAGCAACCAGGCUUUGUGAAAGUGAUGGUACCUGGAGUGGCACGCAGCCACGCUGUAUCGAACCGACCAAAACCAGCUGUGAUAACCCAGGAACGCCACGCUAUGGCUCCUUAAACCGGACCUACGGUUUCAAGGUGGGGAGCGUGGUGUCAUUUCAGUGCCAGCCAGGUCAUUUGAUUCAGGGCUCUUCCUCUAGAACCUGCCAGCCUGAUCUGACGUGGAGCGGAGCACAGCCUGAGUGCAUACCCCAUGCCUGUAAGCAGCCAGAGAGCCCGCUACAUGUUGACGUGAUGGGAAUGGAUCUGCCUGGUUUUGGCUACACCUUGGUGUACAGCUGUCAGCAUGGCUACUUCCUGGCGGGAGGCUCUGAACACAGAGUCUGCAAGAGUGACGGCACUUGGACAGGAAAGAUGCCUAUAUGUCGAGCUGGAGAGAAGAAGAAACCUGUGAAACCAGCAACAGGAACUCCCAGCCCCAAACUAAAUGUUCCAGAUGAUGUAUUUGCUCCUAACUACAUAUGGAAAGGUUCCUAUAAUUACCGUGGGAGGAAGCAGCCAAUGACACUGAGCAUCACCAGCUUUAACUCCACAACAGGGAGAGUCAAUGUUUCCCUUAGCAACGGCAACAUGGACCUGCUCCUAUCAGGAGUGUAUAAGGCUUCUGAGGCCAGGCUGUUACUGCUGAUGUACCAGGUGAACUAUGUGAAUCAGGGAAACCAGCUCAAAGAUUCAGCCAUCUCUCCAGCCAAAAUCAUAGAUGACUCCUGGACCAUGGAUGGAUUUGUGUCAGCAGAGCCUGACGGUUCUAGUUACGUAUUCCAGGGUUUCAUUCAGGGAAAAGACUACGGACAGUUUGGACUGCAAAGACUUGGUCUGAAUAUGUCAGAGAGUCAGAACUCGCCACCCCCUCAGCUCGGUACCAACAGCAGUUCUGUGGCUAUCGCUAUUCUGGUGCCUUUCUUCGCUCUAAUAUUCACUGGCUUUGGCUUCUAUCUCUACAAACAAAGAACCACACCAAAAACACAGUACACAGGCUGCUCUGUCCAUGAAAACAACAACGGCCAGGCUGCCUUUGAGAAUCCCAUGUACAACACCAACGCCAAGGCUGUGGAGGGGAAGGCUGUUAGAUUCGAUCCGAAUCUAAAUACUGUCUGCACCAUGGUCUGAGGAUUGAUUAUCCUCACUUGAACUUAAUGACUCAGAUAUCUAAUGGGACCACAAUUGGUACGAGGCUGGGGAGGGAAAAGCUGUAUGCUUUGACUCAAACCUCAACAUCGUCAGCAACAUGGUCUAUUCAUUGAUUACAAAAGACCUUCAGUCCAAGUUCAGAAACCUAAUCUCCCCAAGCAUUGGAAAAAAUGUCCACUUGAAGCCAAAACCCAGCGUUGGCUGCUUUCACCUACAGCAAUUUGUUUCCACAAAUGAAAUUUAAACAAAUGUGAACACAAAAUGUCUGCUACCUUUGACGGAUGCAACACAGGCAGUGUUAACUCACAGUGAGAUGUGACAUCAAGUGAAAGAAAAGGCUGCAACCCAACAGAAAACUAUACCGGCUAUUAUCCGUCUCUGACCCCAAGCCUCAGCUGGUCAUGGAUAGUUUAUAAUUUCAUUCUAAACCAGACACAGCCAUUAUACUUAAACCUCUUAUUUAACCCCGCUCACUGUCUCUAAUACCAGUAGUAAUGAUUAAGCCAUGACCUGCAUGUCGGAUAUCAUGACAUGUCACCAUAACUCAAUGCCGAAAUUUUGUAUUUCACACAGAGCUUUGGAGAGAAGGACCCACUCUCAGCUCUGUGACCGUUGCCUGGAGAGAGUGAGAGCACAUCAUCAGUGCUCUGGCCAUGGUUAUACAUCAUGGAGAUAAACUGCACUACAAUAAUGGGUUGAUUUCAUUUGUGUUGUUGUCUCCUCAACUGGAGGAACACAGAAGCAAAUUGGCCACAGAUGGGAAAGUGUGACAUGAAGACGAUGUCACAAAAGACACUGUGAAGCAAAGAAAAAUGUUUCUGAAAGUCUUGGUUCAAAACUGACAGUAAAAGACACUGUCACCAGCAGACCAUCAGUAAACCACACUGACUAGUUGUGAAUAGGAGCCUAUUUCUCAAACGACCACGGAAUACAACACCCUAGCAACCAGACAGGACAACCUCCUGUCUCCACGACAACCGGAGGCUGGCAUUACUGGUCUCUUGUCUUUUUCUAUUAAAACGGAAUCUAAAACAGCUAAUGCUAGCAGACAGUAGCAAGAGUUGCUUUGAAAGGAGACUAACUCCUAAGCAAAGGAUAAGGGCAGCCCUGGAGACGGAGCUAUAAUCCUAACUGAACUGGGAUUAGAGCAAAGCAAAACUAAAAGGAGUCUAAAGGGGAGCCAGCACUAAGAGAACAGAUGACUGACUCAUCUAAUGGAUAAACUGCUCCUUCCCAUCCAAUGGAUAAGAGAGGAGACGGAGACAACGCCUAACUGAAUUGGAAGUAGAGUAAGGGAGUCAUCAAGAGAAAAGAUGAGAUCUUAAAAUCGUAACACAGCCAAUCAGAGCCUGUUUAACCUGAAGUCAACCACUGAGAGAGGUUGGCCUUCCCUCUACAUGAUGAAUCUGUUCAGACAGAAUAUGGCCUUGAGGAAAGAUGUUACUGAUCCUGUGAAUUUAAAUAGAAUCUGAUGAGAAAGACGCUGAAUAGAUACAGAGGACUCUGAUGGACUUACAAAGAAAAAGACUUUGAGAAACAGAGAAAGCUCUGGCACUAAAGCACAUUUUACAGGAACACUACCUGUCUACCCACUGAGAGAUGGACUAACACAGGGACAGAUAGAAAAAGGUUAGAGGGAAACUGACAGGAUGAAUGACAGACAGAAAAGAUGACAGGUACACACACUAACACAAAUCUGGAGAGACAGGAAGACAGAGAGCAGACAGAUGGUAUUAAGACCAACAGUUAGACACACAAGGAGAUAGACAGGUUCAAGAAAGACAAGCAGGGUCUUAAGACUGUUGCAGACCAUCGUCCAUUGUCUCCGCUCCACAUACAGACAGGCACAGAGACAGGCUGAUAGACAGGAGACACAGACAUAAAAUUGAUAGACAGGCUAAAAGAAAGACAAACAGGGUUGCAGCCCUACGAUUGUGGACACAGUUCCACUGUAAUUCUGCACUCUGCGAGUGCUUAUCUUCUUUCUUUGUUAUUGCUGCAGAAUCUUCUGAUCUGUAAAUCUAUUGCAUAUAUAUUCGGGAGCAUUCACCAUCUAUAUUUUUGUGCUAUAUAUUUACCACAGGGGAGGGGCUGAAGGGGAAAGACGGAUUAUAGCAAAGAGUUUUUAGAAAAAAGAAGAAAUAAAUAUCAGAGUAAAAGAUAUUACAACUAUGUGCUGUUUGCAGAAGUCACAAACUGUAUUUUGGUUCCUUUAUAACAUCAAAUUGGUUUAUUUUAAUUUUUUGUGUAACGUGAAGUUCCUCUCACCAUCAAUGUCUUUCCCACUGAGGCAAUCAUGAGUGUCAGUGGUAUUGUUGUUGUCAUUAUUGUUGAAAUGCAAGGUUUGCCCGCAACAAUCAUGGUCUUUAAAGUUAAUGUUUCAUUGAACAUUCAUCACAGACGGCAGAUUUCUAAACCAUUAAUAGAUGGCGUUUGUGCAAUGGCUGCUUUUAUUUUUAAUUUUUUUGGCCCUUUACUAGAGCUGCUGGCCUCUACAAAUUAUCCAUAAUGGUCACCAUUGUGACAGACAACAUUUCAAUGAUCUGCUGGAAUAACGGCACUGUUUUCGAACCUAACUGGUGAUAUGAUGCCACAGAGAUUUGCACAUCAAAACUCUGAACUAAUGUUUUUUUUGAGCUACAGUUCAGAGAUGUCAACAAACUCAGUUUUGUCACGGCAACACAGAAAUCCUAGCUCUCAAUGGAAUCCACUUUGAUUACACAUGGCCAAACCUUUAUCUGGGCCUGACUGUGGUUGAAGUUAAUGAUCUCACAAGGCCGUGGUAAAAGAAGAAACACAAGCACGGUAAAAAUAAUAUUAAUAAUGAAAAUGGGGAUAAUUGCUUUUGAACUGCCCAACAUGUAAUUUGUGGAUGAUGGCCUACGUACAAAAUGUGAUUUUGGAAGAGUGGCUUUCAGUGGGUUUGUUUGUGAACUGUUACUAAAAUUAUGAUGUAAUUUAGUUGCAAAAUAUACAGGUUUUACCCUUGUUUGUUCUUAAAACCUCAAAGACGAGCUCAUCACCAACCUCCAGGUUUUAUGUUACUGAGUCUUGGUUCUGAAGUUUCUCCCUGUGUUAAAGAUGUGUUUGGUCUCACAAAUCAAUACUGAAAUGUCUAAGAUCACAUGAAUUCUGUUUUCUGGUUAGUUUAAAAUGUAAUUUGCCUUUUUACUGAAAUCCACAUCAAUUAUAAAUUGGUGCACUUUAUUUACAAGCCUUUAAUUUUAGGUUUAUAAAAAAAGAGUUUGUACUAUCUUUGGCACUUCCUAAGUAUCGCACACUAGAUUAUAAUGACAGUGUUUUGCGUGUGUACAUUGCAUUUCACCAGCUAAAAGGCCUUGAAUGUCAUUUAUUGCAGAAACACUGAAGUGUUCAGAUGAACUGACCAUUUGGGAGAAGAUCUUAAGAUUUCAAGUUAACAAGUGAGUAAAUUCAAACACAUAACUGAGGCCAUUGAGAUUCAAUAUUCCCCCUUGCUUUUAUUUCAUAAAAAUAUAGCCUUAUAAUCUCAGCUCAAUGUUCCUUGGCUGGUAGCUAUUUUUCAGAUCUGAUCUGCCACCUAUUCUAUAAAAUUUUGUACAGCUGGCAACCUUCACUAUGUUCAACCCCUUCAAGCCACUGGAGGCUGUUGUUGCACAUGUUGAUGGCCUUUCUUAUGGUUUCAUGUGCCAUCAAUGAACCACUGCUGAGAGAAGAUGUAUGAUUUUUGUGUGAAACAUAACAUCUAUAUACUAGUGUCAUGUUGUAAUGGUCGGGCCUGAAAAUGCACCAUAUACCAUACCUAUAUUAACUGGUCCCCACAUGACAGGAAUACAUGUAUCAAUGAGCAUGAGUCAGUGUUUUUCAGCUUUGGUGCCCAUUUAAAAAAAAAAGUACUUGUUUUGCUGUUUUGAAGACACUGGUUUAAAUGUUUAAAACUGAAUUUAGUGAGUUUGGGUCCCACACAUGAUGAAUACCAGUUGUUUUUAAUGAGUCUGGGUGUCAGGGUGAGCGAAAACAUCUACUUUGUCUUAAGAACCCCUGCUGUCGUGACCACAGGCACCGACUGCAACCAGCUGAGAGAAAACUCCUUUUAAAGUCAUUAUUGAUUUAAAAGCAACGGUAGCUGCGGCUUCCUUGUUUAUCAAUGCUGCGACUGUCCCGCACCGCAUCGCUAUGGUGACAUUGUUUCUUAUUACAGUUUUGAUUGAUUGUUGCUGCUGUCGUUGUCGUUGUUGCUGUUGUUGUUGUGUUAUCGGUAUGGAUCUGACACAGUGCCUACCAAAAACCAUGGGACCCUCCCUGUCAUCUACACACACAUAUGCUUUUUCAGACACAUACAUGCACACACAUACAAACACACACGCACACAUGCUCCAGCCCUCCCCUUCAUCAGAAGUCAUUUUUUUCUAAGCUUCAGUCUAUUUUGCCACAAGCUUUUCCUACUGACUGACUGCAAUAAGACCCAUGUGAUUUGAAAGACUUAAAGCUGUUCCUGCCUGGGGACAUUGGAAAUAUUCACCAUUUGAAAAAAAAAGAUGAAAUAUAGAAUAAAAAAGUGUUUUGUACAGAAAUAUAUUUUUAUGAUCAAAUUAUUUGUAAAAUGUAUGAAUCUAUUAUGUAAAUUUUCAAUGCAAUGUAAGAUUAAAAAAGGCUAAUUGCUUUUGUAAAAAAAAA